AUGGCAGCAAAAGUAAAAGACUCUGGUGAUGCCUUGGAGGACGACUUCCAGGCCUCCGAUACCGAAUACCUCAGUGACGGACAGGACGAUGGCGAGCAGAUUGAUGCCUCGGACGACGAGAACAACUCUGCUAACGCAGGAUCUAAGCGCAAGGCUGGUUCUUCUGCUGCUCCUGAGGCUCCCAAGAAGAAGAAGCAGAACAAGUCGAAGAAGGCAAGGGCAGAGAUCAACAACACGCCGAUCGGGAAGCGCACAAAAGCAGAUCAGAUCGAGGCCCUGAACGACAGCCAGGACCGGGCCCUCGAACACCUCUCCUCCAUCGAACGGGACGAGCGCCGGAUACCCGGCUCAGCCAUCAAGGACGUCUCACCCUUUGCUCUCGACCAUACCCUCGUCCACCUCGAGUCCUUCCUCAAAUUCGCGGUUGAAGCCUGGAAGUCAAAAUUGCUUGUUAAGGAUGCGAAUGCGAUUCCUUCAAAGUACGCCCAGGCUAACAGAGGUGGAGAGGGUGGUAACAAGGGUGGGAAGAAGGAUAAGAAGAAGCCUUUGGAGGAGGCUAAUAACUUGCCCAAGGGUGCGCCUGUGGUGUUGAUCGUUAGCGCAAGUGGGGUUCGGGCUGUGGAAGUGAUUCGGGCGUUGCCGCUUUUUGCGGAGGCUGCCAAGGUUGGAAAGCUGUUUGCGAAGCAUUUGAAGGUUUCUGAGCAGGUGUAUUUCUUGGAGAAUACUUGUACGCAUAUCUGUGUUGGUACACCAAACCGCAUUGACAAGCUGAUCUCUGAUGGAGUUUUGGACUUGAGCAGACUGGAGUUGGUGUUGAUUGACGCUCACACGGAUGCCAAGAAGAGAACCAUUUUGGAUAUCCAGGAGAUCCGUGUCGAUCUGUUCAAGAUGUUGGGUUUGGAGGCUCUUGAGGAUAAGUUCAAGGCUGGCCAGACUAAGCUCGGCUUCUUCUAA